AUGACAACACCGAAGAGAUCAGUGGAGCGAUGGACCGAUGAUGAUGUUUCGGCGCUUCUAGAUAUCUACGCGGACGACGCGAUCCAGGCACUUCAGCUCAAGGCAGUGUCCAACGCGAAAAUGUACGAGUGCAUUUCGCAGGAGUUAGCGGACAUCGGGAUCAUUCACGGCGCUAAAUCAUGCCGGGACAAGAUCAAGAAGCUAAAGCAGGACUUCAAAAAAAUAAAGGACCACAAUAACAAGAGUGGUAACGGUCGGAAAACCAGCAAGUGGUAUGAUCGUUUGAACGCUUUGCUUGGCCACAGACCGUCAUUCCGCGGCACCGCGGAGACCAUCGACUCGAGCACGGCGGCGUGGGAGGAUGCAAUGGUGGGGGAAUUGUCCAAGCACGACGACGACGAAUUAGGCAACGUGGUGUUUCCCCUGGAAUUGGAAAUCAGUGAGAUUUCCCCUCCGGAAAUCCACGGUAGUGCCUCCUCAUCUCCCGUUCCAACAACCAACGCAAAGAGGACAUGGGAUGACCGCUUCCUGGACACCAUCACGGCGAUGGAUGACCGGCGUGCCUUGGCCAGCACGGAAAAUGAGGACCGGCAUGCCAUGGCCAACAAGAAGAUGCACGACGAACGGAGGAACCGUGAGAUUGACAGGGGCAGGGUUAUGCCUGAAGAAGGCGCUAGCCUGAGCCGAGUCCGCCUGCGGAACCUGAGGCUGCAAGCGUGCCAGGGCCGCACGACUAGUGGCCGCCAUGGAGGCGCCCUGCAGAGAGCUCUGAGCAGAGUAGUGGGAAGCCUCCUCGGGGGUGAGCGGGGCCCCGUCCUCCAACCCUUCAUGGAAGAGGUUUAG